CUUCCUGUGAGAGGCAGCUGGUGGGGGAGUGUGCCUUGAAUCCCUCAGCCCUCACAUCUGGGAGCCAGAGACAGGAAAGAGCCCAUCUUUGUAGCAGAACCAUUUCCCACAGGUCCAAAUCCUGCACCUGCCAGGCUCUAGCUGUGGGCUUCCCGCCACAUUCUGUCCUUUGAGAGCCUAAGUGUCCUCUUUAUACAUGAUCUUCUUUGGAAAUGUGGAGGGUGUGGGUGUCCAUGCCUGGCACAUAGAAGGAGCUCAAACAUGGUGAUUGGGGAGGUGGUGGAUUUCGUCAGGUGUGGCAGUUUAUCUCCAGAAGGCACGUAAUGGCUGCAAACUGAUAGCCAGAUUCUGGGCAUAAAUAGAUACGUACUCUUGGCCUCUAUGGCGUUGGGGUAAGAAAAAUAUUAGUUGCUAACAUUUGUAAAUGAGGUGAUUUCACAGGAAGAAGAAAUCCAUAUUUCAGGUUUAUUUCUGGAAACAAUCAGAAGUCUGGCAGGAAUCAGGUGCUGCAAGAAGCAGCUGUCCUGUCACAGGCAGCGGAGGAGGAGGAAGAGAUGGACCCCCCGGACUCGGCCUCGAGGGUCUUCUGUAGCCGCAUCCUGAGCAUGGUGAAUGCAGACGAUGUCAACGCCAUCAUCCUGGCCCAGAAGAACAUGCUGGACCGCUUUGAGAAGACAAACGAGAUGCUGCUCAACUUCAACAACCUGUCAAGUGCCCGCCUGCAGCAGAUGAGCGAGCGCUUUCUGCACCACACAAGGACCCUGGUGGAGAUGAAACGGGACCUGGACAGCAUCUUCCGCAGGAUCAGGACUUCUCUCAAGAGGAAAAUGAGAUUGCCAGGUUUUGCGGGUCCUUCUCAAGCUGGUUUCCAUGAGGACAGAGAAAGACGGUGUCCAAGUCCCCAGCCACAUAGAAUGCUUGACACGGCCCCCGGAGCUCCUAUCACCACUACUGCCGUUAACAACUGCUGCUGGGGCGCCGAGGCCUGGAACAAGCUGGCACUACAGCUGUGUUUCUGGCUGACUGUGCCGCUUCUUCUUUUCCGGGGGCAGCCGCAUCUGCUGGCAGAGCAGGUGCCACAGAUUGAGGGCAACAUGUUUCCUUGGAGCAUGCUCUGUGCAGAAAUCACAAGGCAGGCCGGAUAAAUCCUUUAUCAAAGCGUAUCUUUUCUGGGGCAUCUCACCAGGCUGGUUGCCCACGUGUGGUGUUGCAGGGGUGGGAGUAGAGUAGGAACCACAAGGGUUGACACCUUUUGUGUGUAUCUGUGUCACUCAGGAAGGAGAUAAGUGUGUCCACCCAGGCAGGGAUGCAGCAGCAGUGGUACUUUGGGGGGGACAGUGCUGGCUGGCCAUAGUCAAGGGUGAGAGACUGCUCUGAAGAGCCUUUUGUAAUUCUUUGUAAACAGAACUGCGUUACUUCAGGUAAAAAGGAAAAACCAGGUUAAAAAGGGAAGCAGGUGCUUCUCUGUGAAGCUCAGUUUAGUGAGUGCCAGUGUUCGGUGUUUGGGGUGUGGAUAGUCAACACUCCUGGCCCCCACAGACAUCCUCACCCCGGGGAUGGAGAGACAGGCUAGGACAAGUCACCCAGAGGAGUGCCUGUUGAGGCAAGGGGAAGGGAAGCUUCCUGGAAGGUUGUUCCAGUAGAAGAGGUUUAGACAUGAGGCAUUGCAGGUAGAGGGCCCAGCCAGCACGCAGAGCCAGCACCAAGGACACGCAGAAGUUGGGUGACAGCUGGGUAGCUGCCAUCCGUCCUGGGGGUGGGAGGUCCACUGGCUGAGCGCCCAGUCCUACCUCCAGCCCUGGAGCAGAGUAUGACAAGCAGUGACGGGGAGGUUCCUGGCCUGCACCGGGCCCAGCCUGCACACUCUGCAGGUUCAGCCCUGUGUGCCUUCCCU